AUGUGGCCUUCGUCCGAAGAGGCUCUCUCGGCCUCCAAGUACAUCACCAUCAAAACCCCAAACAAACCAGACUCCGUUUUCACAUUCUUCAGCAGCCAUGGAUUCACCAAAAUCCAGAUCUCACUUCUCAUCAGAAGAUACCCUCGGGUACUCAUGUCCGAUCCCGAGAGCACCCUUUUCCCCAAAAUUGAAUUUUUCCACUCUAAAGGUUUUUUAGCCCAAGAAAUUGCUAAAAUACUAUCUACAACACCAGAAGUUUUGAGAAGAAGUUUGGAAAACCAUAUCAUCCCAUCCUACAAUUUUUUAAAGGAAUUACUCAAGUCCGAAGAAAAAACGAUUGCCGCUAUUAAACACUGUGCUAGGCUUUUGUUGUUUGAUCUUCACAUAUCUGUAGCACCCAAUAUUGAAUCUCUGAGAGAAAUAGAUGUGUCCGAAUCGAUUAUUGUGGCUUUCUUUGCAAAACAACCUCAAGCUUUCACGCCUAAUGCUGAUAGGUUUAAGGAGAUUGUGGAGGAAGUAAAGAAAAUGGGUUUUAACCCUACGACAAUGAUGUUUGAUAUAGCAAUUCAUGCACUAGGGGCAAUGAGUAAAUCAAAUUGGGAAAAGAAGGUGUGGUUUAUAAGAAGUGGGGUUUGUCUGAGGAUGAGAUCUUGGUGGCUUUUGUGA